UGUGUGUUUUAAUCGCAAUCAAAAUAAAACCACUUCACAGCCAAAUUAAAGCCACAAAAUGCAAGCCAUUAAAUGUGUUGUCGUUGGAGACGGUUAUACGACAAACGCAUUCCCGGGUGAAUACAUACCGACCGUAUUUGACAACUACUCGGCCAACGUUAUGGUCGACGGAAAGCCCGUCAAUCUCGGCCUCUGGGAUACGGCCGGUCAGGAAGACUACGACCGACUGCGGCCCCUAUCCUAUCCCCAAACGGACGUAUUCCUCAUCUGCUAUUCGGUGGUCAAUCCGUCCUCUUUCGAGAACGUUAGGAUCAAAUGGUUUCCCGAAGUGAGACACCACUGUCCGGACAAACCCAUUAUACUCGUGGGCACUAAACUGGAUCUGCGA